AUGUUUCUCAGAAGUGAUUCUCGAGGCAAUAACAGUCAAGAUCUAUUAGAUGAUCAUGAAUAUUUGGUGGACGAGUAUUUUCCGGUACUUUUGGUUCUUUGCAAUUCAACUGACAAGGAGACGGAGUCACUCGAGAAAUACCUUGAACAGCGCACAUAUGCCGAGUUGAAGCGAGUAAUCGAUCUGCGAACUCAAGAGCUUGAUCACGAUAUUGAUUCAAAGUUGUUGAAAAGAACAAAUUUGACCGAAAUCGGCUCCAUUCUAAAAUCCGAGCUUGGGCACAAGUACCUGCAGAUCUUGGAGGCAUAUCAUAAUGCAUCCGUUUAUGCGAUUAUUCGGGGUCUAUGGAACUCACAACUUUACUCGAUUCUCCCUCCUAUCGACCAAUUUGCAAUACUUGACUACUUUGAGGAAAAAUUGAAUAGACACAAUGCACAUCGAUCAAUGUGGCAAAGGUUUUUGGAUGCUUUGCAAAAAGUGUUUUCGAGUAAAAGAGAGUCAUCAAAUUGUGGAGCUGAGGGAUCACAAUGUGUGCGCCGACUAGCUGAGGGGAUGAGUAGUGAGGAAAGAGCGCGAGUUGAUCAAGCGGCUGAUAACGAUGAUCUGCAGACUCUUGAAAACGCAAUUGACUUGCAGCUAGCAAAGCACCCAGACAACCUGAAAGUUGAGCUGAAGGCGUGGAAAGUCGAAAACUAUCCACCAGUUGCUUUACUGAAUAUUGUGAAUGAUGCAACAGAAGAAGAGAAAAUAGCUCUUCAACGAUUGCGUAAACAUGGUCUUCUCAGCUCGCUUAAAACUUAUUACCGAGCAAUGAUCGAAAUGAAAGAUAUCGAUGAGCAAAAGGUUUCU